AUGGACGUGAUCAGAGCUCGAGUGCCGACGUCUGGAAUCAACGAGAUCGAAUUCAGCUACAAGCACGUUGUUCUGAGGAUGGUCGAUGUCGGUGGACAACGAUCCGAACAACGGAAAUGGAUUCAUUGCUUUGAUAAUGUCAGUGGUGUACUGUUCAUUGCCGAAAUAUCCGCCUAUAAUUUAAUUGAAGAUGAUGGAGAAGUACGAAAGGUUAGUAAAAGAAAAUAA